AUGCAUCCGGCUUUACAAAAUCUCGAAGUAAUAUGCGCGAUUAGCUCAUACGUGGAACACAGAUCGCUUCCUGCACUUGCAUCCACAUGCCGCAAAUUUGAGCACCCGGCACUUAAGGUCCUCUGGAGGAAUCUGGACUCCGUGAUUCCACUUGUCAACUGUUUACCAAGAGGUCUGUUUGGCAGCGAGCAUGGAUGUAUAAUAUUGCAGAAACCUCCUGAUGGCAAGGCGUGGGAUACUCUUUUCAAGUAUGCGUCAUGCGUGCACUCUAUCACUAUGACAGAACUAUAUAGUUCGGCAAAUCUUCAGACUGAGGCUCUUAGUUUGAUAAUGCUGGCUUGUCCUUCGACACCUGCAUCCUUUUUUCCGAAGCUUCACAAAUUAACAUUGUACGAUGACGGAACCCGCUUCACUGCAGAGUUCUUGCGCAUGGCUUUCGUACCCUCGCUAGUGGAAUUGAACCUGCAGAUCCCUUCAACUUCCUCCCCCGCUCUCAUUGUCCUUUCGUCUCUCGGGACCUUCUGUCCUCAUCUCCAGCGCAUGACCGUGAAAGUUACACGUACAACGGACAACUUGUUGCGUAAAAUUUCGCCCUUUAUCAUACAAUCUGUUUCCCAGCUCCAUCAUCUUCAUACAUUGUCGCUGCGAGCUCUGCAGUCACUAUCCUUGGACUUGACCGCAUCAUCGAGCUGGGACACCCUGUCGCAAGUGCAACUCCCCGGCUUCCAGGAUUUGAAAUUGUUGAAUAUUUCUACUCGUACUAUUGAGCACGCCUCGAACUUCUUUAGGUCACUUCAAAUUGUCAGAAGCAGGGGGAUCAGCUUCGACUUCACGCCCCAGCUUGCAGGGUCCUCAGCCAGUGGGUCUGCGAUGCUCUCCCGGUUCCUCACCAUCCUUCAAGAGAAAUGUGAUAACGACAAACUCGAAUCUUUCUCUCUCAUUCAUUCGCGGAAGAAGAUGCCCACAGAAUCGGGCAUCUUCACAUCAUUGCAUGCAUUUCGCAAUUUAACACAGCUGGUCAUCGAGGAGGGUUACAAUAUUUCGAUGUCUGACGAGGAGCUAUGCCAGUUUGUGAAAACCUGGCCUAAGCUCCAAGUCCUCAAAUUGAGCAACUGUAAUACCACUACAUUACCCACAUUCCACGGGCUAAUACGGUUGCUUCCGCUUUGCCCUGCGCUGACUUCCCUCUCCCUUGUUAUCGAUGCCACGAAGUUGGACGGCAUAGAUCUUAAGUGCCCCGGCGGCGGGCUUUGCAACAAGCAUCUCAAAUUACUCGCCCUCGGAGCAUCACCCGUGAGGUCCCCGAUAAAAGUGGCUGUCAUCCUCAGCGGCCUCUUCCCGAGCCUUGAGAAGGUCGAUCCUGGUGGUCCGACUUCGGAUAGAUGGACAUUAGUUAAUGACUUUCUUAGUGGCUUCCGCCUUGUCAGGGAGCAGCGCAUUGAAGCAUGCGUUUGUUUCGAUCUCUAG